AAAUUUAAUAGAGUUUUCCUUCCAAGAUUUGGGCAGCAAGAAAUUGAAUAGAAGCUGCGGCUAUAAGCGCUGAAGCUACAAAUCUGAAGUGGGCAAGAUAAGGAGAAGAGUAACCAACUAGUGCCCUUCUUGCAAUGAAUCCCACUACUGUCAAACACAUCACAGAGUGCUUUCUCAAGCCCAAACACAUCGUAGAGGAAGCAAAACAGCCUUAUUAUUUGUCACCAUGGGAUCUUGCUAUGCUUUCUUCUCACUAUAUUCAAAAGGGACUUCUCUUUGCCAAACCACCACAAACAGAAAAUCAACUGGGCUUCAAGAUCAUGGAUUUCCUGGAAGAUCUCAAGCAGUCCCUCUCUCUCACUCUUGUUUAUUUCUACCCGCUAGCCGGACGCCUUGCAACAUCAAAGAGUGAGAACCCACCUUCCUACGUGGUCUUCGUGGACUGCAAUAACAGUCCAGGAGCUAGAUUUACCUAUGCAACCGUUGACCUCACUGCAUCAGAUGUUCUUUCACCUACUUAUGUGCCAUUGGUUGUUCAGUCAUUCUUCGACCAUGAUAGAGCCCUCAACCAUGAUGGUCACACCAAAUCUUUGCUGACAAUUCAAGUGACAGAGCUAAUUGAUGGCAUCUUCAUCGGAUGUUCCGUUAAUCACAGUAUCGUUGAUGGAUCCUCUUUCUGGCAUUUCUUUAAUAUGUGGUCUGAAAUCUUUCAAGGGAAAGGAAAUGAUGUCUCCAUCUCGCGCCCACCUGUUCUCAACCGCUGGUUUCCUGAUGGUCAUGGUCCAGCACUGAGUCUUCCUUUCACCCACCAUGACCAAUUCUUAAGACCGUUUGAAGCACCUUUACUAAAGGAAAGGAUGUUUCACUUCUCAUCAGAAUCAAUUGCAAGACUCAAAGCAAAAGCCAACGCAGAGUUCAACACCAACAAGAUUUCAUCUUUCCAGUCCCUGUCUGCUCUUGUUUGGAGAUGCAUAACACGCGCACGCAAUCUACCUCGUGAUCGAGUAACCUGUUGCAGAUUGGCUACCAAUAAUCGGUCAAGAUUGAAUCCACCAUUAUCUCCUGACUAUUUUGGAAACUCAAUUCAGGCACUGAGAGCUGGGGUUGCCACAGCAGGUGAGGUGCUGGAACAGAAUCUUGGAUGGGCAGCAUGGCAAUUGCAUCAAGCUGUGGGGAACCACAGUGAUGAAAAGGCGAGGGAAUUUCUCAACUUCUGGCUAAAGUCUCCUUUUAUUUACCAGAUAGGCAAGUUGUUUGAUCCGCAUACUGUGAUAAUGGGGAGCUCACCAAGAUUCAACAAGUAUGGGAAUGAAUUUGGACUGGGGAAGGCUUUGGCACUUCGCAGUGGAUAUGCACAUAAGUUCAGCGGGAAAGCAUCAGCUUAUCCUGGACAUGAAGGUGGAGGAAGUAUAGACUUGGAGAUUUGCCUCUCCCCUGAUGAAAUGACUGCUAUUGAAUCUGAUAAGGAAUUCAUGGAUGUUGUCUCUCCAUCUCCUUGUUAACAGUCCAGCUAGCCGCAGAGUACUUAAUUGGCAAAAAAGCUGUGCCAAGCAGAUGAUCACCAUGUCUCUUUUUCUUUUUUGCUAAGAACACAAAUCAAUAAUUUACUCUGCAUCUGUACUGAAAAUGCAUUGAAAAGAUUUGUGUUUUUCAA